GGAAGAGCGCACGACUUCACUCUGUACACCGCAAUCUCGCGACUCUCCCAACAUCACAACCUCAACAGCACCGAACACAAUCAAUCAUGGCGCCUCCUACCACCGAAUCUCCAUCUCCAAUCGGAAUUGCCAACCUCCCGAAUCAAAGACACAAGAUCGUUGCUAAGAGAGGUGCCAGUUUCACUAUUAUGGUUGCAGGAGAAUCAGGUCUGGGAAAGUCGACUUUUAUCAAUACACUCUUCUCCACCACGAUCAAAAACUACGCAGACCACAAACGAAGGCAUACAAAGCAAGUCGACAAGACCGUCGAAAUCGAGAUCACAAAGGCGGAGUUGGAGGAGAAGUUUUUCAAGGUUCGCUUGACGGUUAUCGACACACCUGGCUUUGGCGACUAUGUCAACAACCGAGACUCAUGGAUGCCAAUUAUCGAGUUCUUGGAUGACCAGCAUGAGUCCUAUAUGUUGCAAGAGCAACAACCCCGCCGUGGCGAUAAGAUUGAUCUUCGUGUCCACGCCUGCUUGUACUUCAUCAGACCUACUGGCCACACCUUGAAGCCGUUGGACAUUGAGGUCAUGAAGAGACUGAGCUCAAGAGUCAACUUGAUCCCAGUCGUUGCUAAAGCAGAUACCCUCAGCCCAGCUGAUUUAGCUCGAUUCAAGUCAAGAAUCCGGUCCGUCAUUGAGGCACAAGGUAUUAAGAUUUAUACCCCACCUAUCGAGGAAGAUGAUGAGGCUGCUGCUCAACAUGCCCGAAGCUUGAUGGCCGCUAUGCCCUUUGCUGUCAUUGGCUCUGAGAAAGAUGUCAAGACUAGCGAUGGUCGCAUUGUCAAAGGUCGCCAGUACUCAUGGGGUGUCGCUGAGGUCGAGAACGAGGACCACUGCGAUUUCAAGAAGUUGCGCUCGAUCUUGAUCCGAACCCACAUGCUGGAUCUCAUCCACACCACCGAGGAAGCCCACUACGAAGCUUACCGUGCCCAACAAAUGGAAACGCGCAAGUUCGGCGAGGCCAGACCAAGAAAGCUCGACAAUCCCAAGUUCAAGGAAGAGGAAGAGAGUCUGCGAAAGAGAUUCACGGAGCAGGUCAAGAUCGAAGAGCACCGAUUCAGACAAUGGGAGCAGAAGCUCAUCAGCGAGCGCGAUCGUCUCAACAAGGAUUUGGAGAGCACGCACGCCGCUAUCAAGUCCCUGGAGCAAGAACUCGAGCAGAUGCAAGGAAAUGCUGUCCGCUCCCACGGCCGUCGUUGAGCCUUUUUUGUCUUUCCCUUUCGAUUCACAUAUUCCCCCGGUGGAGUCAAGACGGAUGGACAAAAAGUUCGAGAUGUGGACUGGCUGUGUUGUAUGCAAGCAGGUCAUUGGCAACACUA